AUGGCUGGACAGCUUGAGCAGCUCCUGGCCAAGGCCCAGCAGCCCACGACUGUCGCCGUCAUUGUGGCCUUGCUCAUCGUCGCCAUCACAACGCGCCUCUUCACGGGCGCCCCAGAAUCCGGCUCCAAGGGCGCCCACACGGCGGCCAAGCCAGGCUAUUACGCCCCUUUCCUCGGCCAUGUGCCUCAAAUGUCCCUCAACGGGGAUUCGUUCCUCGCUGGUCUUCGAGAGAAAUAUCCCCAGGGCAUCGUCUCGCUCCUGUUCAUGGGCAAGACGCACAGCAUUGUCUACAAGCCGUCCCUGGCAACACCCCUCAUGAACAAGCCCCACUCGGUUGCUGACGAGAGUUUCGUGAGCAAACGGCUCUGCCUCACCAACUUUGGGUUCAAAAAGUCCGAUCUGGAUCUUUUCCAGGUCUUCUGGGACGAGGUUGGAAAGGCGUACAAUAUCAUGCUCAGCGGCGAGGGCCUGGCUAAUUUGGUCGAGACCACAGCAACGAGUCUCAAAUCAUCCAUUGCCGAUUUUGUCACCUUCAACGCCUAUCCUUCUGACCAGGCGGAGUGGGAGCGCAUGGCCGAGGCAGACGUCGUCGAACACAAUGGUGAACAGUACGUCGAGGCCGAGCUCAUGGGCCUGACCAAGAACUUUGUCGCACAGACGGCCAACCCGGCUCUCAUGGGCACGGACUUUUGCAAGAACUUUCCCGAAUACCCAAAGUACGUCUGGGAUUUCGACGCUGGGUUUGUGCUGAUGGCCAUGGGCCUCCCGUCCUGGCUCCCCUGGUGGCCACUGCAGCGUGCGCAGGCGUCCAAGAGGAGGCAACUCGGCUGCUUGGACGAGUAUCACGAGGCCUUGGAUAAGUGGUCCAAGGGAGAGGAACCUGGUCACCGAUGGGAGAACCUGGACGACAUCAGCAUCCUCCAGAAGGAGCGUGUGCGCAUAUGGGAGAAGCACAAUGUCCCGGUUUCCGUGCGCGCUGCCGCCGACUUGGGUCUGGUAUGGGCCAUGAACGCCAACUCGAGCCCCCUGGUGUACUGGAUGCUACUGCAUAUCUACAAGGACACGGUGCUGCUGGAGCAGAUUCGGGAGGAGAUUGCACCGUACAUCAAGGGAGUGCAACCGACAAAUCUGUUUGGCACUGGCAUCUCGAUACCACCUAAGCUCGAGACAUUUGACAUUGAGGGCCUGACUACAAAGUGCCCUCUGCUCAAAUCGUCCUAUGUCGAGACCUUGCGGCUCUAUGUGAGUGCCUGGUCCAUCAAGUACGUCCUGAAGGACACCACGCUCGGUCGAGGCGACGACGCGUACGUCCUCAGCGAGGGCACGUAUGCUCAUGCGCCACACGACCUGCACCAGCUGGACCCCAAAUACUUCCCCGAACCCCAUGAAUGGCAGCCGCGGAGGCACGUAAAGGAGGUGAUGGGCGAGGACGGCAAGAUAACCAUCACUGCAGACAUGGGCAGCAUCCGACCGUAUGGAGGAGGCGCAUACAUGUGCAAGGGGCGUGCGUUUGCCAUGCGGGAGCUAAUGAUGUACACCGCUGCUAUUGUGACCAUGUACGACAUCAGGAGGCCCGAGGGCCAGGAAUGGUUCGUGCCAAAGACCACGAAGCAAGCGGCCUCCCGGCAUCCGACGAAGGAGAUGAAGGUGUGGAUCAAACGGAGGCCACAGCCUGAUGAAGAGUGA